AUGAUUUAUCGAGAAAUCAAAUUGUUGCAAAUUAUGAGGCACGAUGGUGUAAUACGGGCGAUUGAUCUCUACACACCAAACACAGUGGAGCAUGAGUUUAAGGAUGUAUAUGUCGUUACGGAAUUCGCUGGCGAAAGCAUUGUGAAGAUAUUGCAUGAUCAGAAAGUUACCGGUAGGACCCACAUUACUCCAGAGCACGUUCCUUUCAUCAUUUACCAACUGCUGAGAGUGCUGAAAUAUAUACACUCGGCAAAUAUUAUUCACAGAGAUCUGAAACCAGGGAACUUAGCCUUAACCUGUGAUAGUGACCUUACUGUUUUGGAUUUUGGCAUGGCACGCUCACUGGAACGUACGGAAACUUCUCUAACUCAAUAUGUGAUGACACGCUGGUAUCGUAGUCCUGAAGUGAUUUACUGGAAUAUUGACGGCUACAACGAAAAAGUGGACGUCUGGUCGGUUGGUUGCAUCACUGCUGAGCUUAUGCUAGGAAAACCUCUCUUUCCGGGAGAAGACACAAAUGCCCAGUAUGAGAUGAUAACAACUUUAUGUGGAAGUCCGGAUGAAGAGCUCAUGAGAAAGGUUCGUACGCUAUUAAUAGCUUUAUAUUCUUUCCCAACAAAAAUCGCUGAUGUUUGCGUAAGAUUGCAAAGCACGUGUUAA